AUGUCAUUCUCUCGUAUCUUUACAGUAACGACCGUACUUGCUGCUGUUUCUACAGUAGGAUAUGCUUUAUAUUUUGAUUAUCAAAGAAGAAAUAACCCUGAAUUUAGACAUAAUGUGAAAAGGAGAAUUAGGAAACAACAAAAAUCGAUGAAAUUGGAAGAACAAAAUGUUCAAGUGGCUAGAGUUCAAGCUGCCGCUAAAUUCUUAGAAGCAGAAUUAGAAAAGGAUCCUAUUCCAACAGAUGUAGAAGGGAAACAAUUAGCAUUCAAUAUUAAUAUUGAACAGGGUGACCAACUUGCUGCUAAACCAGGUAAUGAAUUGGAAGCCGCAUCUAAAUUUUAUAAAGCUUUGACUGUUUACCCUAAUCCUGCAGAUCUUCUCGGUAUUUACUCCAAGAGUCUUCCAGAAUUGAUUUAUGAAAAUUUAGUUUUAAUGAUUGCUGCUAUCCCCCCUGCUAAUAUUUCUACAUUUCUAGAUGACACCGAUUCAGCCAAAAAAGAAAUAAAUCAACAUCUUGAUUAA